CAGAGCUGCACAUGCGUGUACCGGUCAUACGAGAUCGGUCGACGAAUAAUUUUGUAAACAACAGAAUGAGAUAUAGAAUCUUACAUAACUAACUGUUAUGGUCGCCGGAAGUUCCUCUUCUUAUCAUCAAUGAUCAAGGGACGAGAGUGCAAGAUAUUGUAACGUAGACGUUUUAUAGAAGAUACCACCCGGCCAGUGCAGUGAUAGUGGACGGAAACAGAUCUAUUUCAUGGAUCACCAGAUCUGAUUCAUCUAAUCAUCUAUCAUUUAUCUUGAAUGUGGGGCUUGCAGGCGGCAGUGUGUAAUUUGCUAAUGCCCUACAAGCUGAAUGAAUAAAUCACCAGAUCUGGGAGAGAGGAGGGGUGACGAAGAAGAUAUCACUCCCAACCCUCAAACUUUUCUACUUUCAUCACAACCAGACCAAGCCAGCCCAUCUAGCACUUCAGGUAAAGUACGAAGGCGCAUCAAGAAGAAACGCCAGCCCCGAUCUUCACAAUCCCAAGGAUCCGACUCUGAUUCUAUGGAUGAGGAUCCUGAGGUAGGGUCUAACCAACCCUUAAGGGACGACCAAGAACCCAGGGAUCCCUCAACUAUCACUGUAGAGGAAGUCACUGAAGUUGAGGAAACUUCGACCCUCAGGUCAAGCGAUGGAGAAAAAGAGGUGAAGGAGCUUGAGGUUGAACCUCAACCAGCCGGAGGGAGCGAUAGUGAGUACGACUUUGCCUUGCUGAAGCAGCAGGCCGACGAGCUGGCGCACAAGUUUGUCCAGAAGGUGAAGGACGUUACCUGGAAGGUCACCCACCAUAAUUUUUUACCAGAUUGGCUGAAGGACAACGAUUACCUUCACUACCACCACCGCCCUCCUCUACCGUCGUUCAGGACAUGCUUUAAGUCCAUCUUUAGAAUUCACACAGAGACAGGCAACAUAUGGACACAUCUUCUAGGUUGUAUAGCUUUUAUUAUCAUAGCCAUCUACUUUUUAGUACAGUCCAUCAUGUCAAGGGAUGACUGGCAGGAGAUUGUGGCAUACAUGAUGUUUUUCUUGGGUGCCAUUCUGUGUCUCGGAUUCUCUUGCCUCUUUCAUACAUGUUACUGCCAUUCUUCUCAAGUCUCCAAAAUAUUCAGCAAACUAGACUACUCUGGCAUCACUUUCCUGAUAGUUGGAUCCUUUGUGCCUUGGCUCUACUUUGGUUUUUACUGUGAGAACAUCACCCGUUACGUCUACUUGGCCCUUAUAUUGGUCCUUGGUGCUCUCUGUCUCUUUGUAGCUCUAAGGGACACAUUCAGUCUACCAAAGUACCGUCCCCUCAGGGCAGGUCUAUAUGUUGCUUUAGGCCUCAGCGGGGUGAUACCAGCCAUUCAUUACGUGAGCAUCAACAGCUUCUUGACGGCCAUCCAGGGGGGUGGACUCGGCUGGAUGAUACUCAUGGCAUGCCUCUACAUCUCAGGAGCAUUACUCUAUGCUAUACGCAUCCCAGAACGGUUUUUCCCUGGAAAGUGUGACAUUUGGUUUCAGAGUCAUCAGAUAUUCCAUGUCCUGGUUCUAGCAGCUGCCUUUGUCCACUACCACGGUAUCAACACAAUGGCUGCGUACAGGGAGCAGAUCGGAGAGUGUAAUGCCGGUGACCUUUACACAGACAUAGCAACCACUGUUGAAAACUGAACCCAAAA